UUUGCUCCGCAGCGGCGUUUCACCCGGUGGAAAAAAACGAUGGGAUGCUGAAAUCUGCAAAAGCGUGCAAAUGUAGUCACUGAGGUUUUUCUUUUUUUUGCCUUUUUGACAAACCAAAAUAUCCAUUCAGUGCAGAUUUAUAAAUGAAGCGCAAAUGAUACAGUAAAUGUUGCAUUUUCAAGAUGAAGUGCAUUCAAUCUGCAGUUAGUGUCAUAUUGCAGCAGUAGCCAUUAUCAAUUACAUGGCGUUUUAAAUUGGGGCGCUAAGUGUUGUUUACCUUAUUACGGUAGACUUGGUAAUUCCGCAGUAAAGCAUGGUAGUAAAAAAAAAAAAAAGGGGGGAAACACCGCUCUCCAUGCCGCUCUAUGUCAAGCUGUGAAAGGACUGGGAGAAGGGGACGACUGCUGUUAACGCUUUUAUCAAUUGUUUUUCAUGGAGUUGAUGGGGUCAGCGUGGGGAAGUGGAUCAGAACAUAGAAAACUUCAAUCACCAUCAUGCAUGUGUCUAACUACCAGAAGAUUUGUGUCAUUUGAAAAGACUUAAGGAGGGGAAAAAAAAGACUCAGAGGAAUACAAGAACUAAGUCAGCAGACAAAAACGACAAUAACCCAGUGCUUAGACAUGGCCAGCACCCAGACCAGUUUGAAAACCCCUUUCAAAGACUUGACUUCAUUCAAGGGCAACAUGAAACGGCUGUACAGAGAGCGACUGGAGGACGCACCCAUCAAGAAGCGAGUAAUGGCAGAGAUCAACCUGAAGCGUCGCAGCUACGAUUCCCUCCCCAAAACUCCCAAGGUGAAGAGGGAGCAGACUGAGGAUCUGCACCAUGACUCUGACAUGGAUGUGGCGGGCCGGGCUGAAUUACAUGUGGUGGGCUCUGCUAAAGCCCUGGACUUGAGCCCUGGGCUCAAACACACACUGGCCCAGUUCACCCUCAGCAGCCAGAGCUCCCUUGGGGGCCCAGCUGCUUUCUCAGCCCGUACCGGCCACGAGCAUUCCCCAGCCGGCAUGCCCCCUCUACCCUCCCCUCCAGUUCUGGGAGGGGGCCCUCUGCUGGUUCCCUGUGACAGCUCCACCGAACUCACCCACUCGCUGCUGGAAGGAGAGUCCAUCUCCUGCUUCGUUGUUGGAGGAGAAAAGCGGCUCUGCCUGCCCCAGGUGCUCAACUCUGUGCUCCGCGACUUCUCACUGCAGCAGAUCAACACUGUGUGUGACGAGCUCUACGUCUACUGUUCACGUUGCGACGCUGAGCAGCUGCACAUCCUCAAAGUGCUGGGCAUUUUGCCGUUCAACGCACCUUCCUGUGGCCUCAUUACACUGACGGAUGCACAACGUUUGUGCAACGCUCUGCUGCGCCCAGGGGCAGCCUUGCCUGCCGACCCCAGUGGUAAGCUGUCGACCCAGGGCCUGCUGAAGGAGAGCGAAGCCAGCUUCCAGGUGGAGCACCAGUGUUUGGGGAAGUGCCACGGUCUCUUUGUGCCCCAGUUCUACACCCAGCCGGAGGCACCCUGCAUCCAGUGUGUUGAGUGCCAGUUGCUCUUUUCACCGCAGAAGUUUGUCAUGCAUUCACACAAGUCACCUGAUAAGAGGACCUGCCACUGGGGCUUUGACUCAGCCAAGUGGCCCUGCUACCUGCAGCUUGCCAGGAAGUACCAGGGCACGCCUGAGGAACCCAGGCUCAAGCAGCUCCUGGACGAGGUCAAAGAGAAGUUCCACUACCAGCUCAAGAGGUCGCUAGAUAAAAAGGCAGUGGAGGAGGAGGAGAACCAGGUGAGGAAACCCUCAGCAGACCUCUGCUCACCCAGCGGCAAGCAGGCCGAUCCCGACCCUGCGAGAAAGGGGAAAACAUCUCCACCUACUCUGAUGUUCAACCGCCUUUUCUCGGACAUUAAGGAGGAGCCAGGACACCCCACCCUGGUCCAUCCCAGUUACUACCUGUACACAUACGAUAAGAUGGUGGCCCCCAACGUGUCUCUGCGGAGGGAGGCGGAGAUGAGUCCGGAGAUGCUCGGAGCGCUGCUCAAACACCACUACAGUCGCAGAGUGCUGGGCCACGACGAGCCACCCAUGGAUCUUCAUGCGUCGCCUCCCGUCGCUGCUGGCGCCGAGGAGGCCAAAUCCCAACGUGCCGCUGCUGCCUUGGCCGCAGAGCGGGAAUGCCAAACCCAGGCAGUUUCCAUGGAGACAAGCAGCCCGAGCUGCAAGACAGCCACCCACACCCCCGCCCACACCCCUCCUCCUCCUCCUGCGUCGUUGUUGUCGCCGGUAACGGAAGUAGCGGCUAAGGACACAGGCUCUGUCACAAGUGGCGCUGCAGUGGUGGUGGGGGGGCUGGAGGAUGACAAGGACAGGAUUGUUGUGGAGAUCAUGCAGAUGUACAGCAGGCAGCAGGAGAAGCUCAACUCCACCCUGCACAAGCAGCUGCAGCUGGAAAUGGAGCUGGAGGCGUUGCGUGGGGGUGAGGCGGCGAGGCUACGGGAGCUGAGCGCUGAGCAACGGGAGCUGCGCAGCGAGCUGGAGGCGGUGCACAGCGAGCAGGCGCGGCAGCUCAGCCAGGCCCGCCAGGAACAGCUGGAGCUGGAGACCCGUCUGGAGCAGCUCCGGCAGCAGGCCUGCGCCUGCGAGCCGGGGGCACAACGUCAGCAAGAGGCCCACUACACUGCACAGUUGUCGGAGCUCCGUCAGAGGCUGGAGCAGGCGGAGGCCGACCGACAGGAGCUGCAGGAGGAGCUGCGCAGGGAGCGGGAGGCGCGGGAGAAGCUGGAGCGCACAAUCACCCAACUCAAGCAGCAGAUGGCCCGGUCUGGCACGAUGGGAGGCAGCCCCUCCCCUCCUCCCACCCCUUCCACCGGACCCCCUAACGCCCACUCCCCGCCCUCCUCCUCCUCCUCCUCUUCCUCCAUCUCAGAGGCCCCAGCGGCUGGCCAAAAGUAACUGCCACCCCUCCAGGCGCCUCUCCCCCUCUCUCAUUCCUCUCCCCAUCACCCACCAACUCUACAGACACAAACAAAUCAGCCUGAAGCAGAAAGAAGCUUCACAUCUCCUCGGGCUGUUUUUAAGUUGUGCAUCUCUCACCCUCCUCCCCUCUUAUUUCAGUGUAGGACUGACUUUUGUUUUUGUAAUUUAACAUCACUUAAAAGAAAAGUUUUAUGGUGUGUUUUUUUUUUUUUAUUAUUAUUCUUUCUUUUUCUCCCUCUCCCUCUCUUUAAACAGUAUUUAAAGAUUUUUUGGGCAUGUAUGAUUUAAUUUAUAGUUUUUACUGAACAACAGCUGCUUCACAGACAGGAGUUUGGUCGAAUCGAGACCAACUCAACCUAUCACUAUUUUUUUUUUUUUUUUUUUUCCUCUUCACGAUUGUCACCCUCCUCUCACAUCCCGCUAUCUCGCUAUCUCUGGAUCCUGGAGCCAGUGACUUUGAGAUUUCAGACUUUAGCUCAGACACACAGACGCUUGUCUCAGCUCCUCACGGACGUCACUUCAUGCUACUACCUGGCACAGCAGCCGGUGCCCACGGACACAUAAUGGCGCCUGGUUGUGUGCCUCCUCUCUGUCUUUCUGUAUCUACAGACCAGAUGCUCAAGUACCAGCGAAUGCAGGAAACUGCAUGGACAUUUGAAAACAGUUUUUUUUUUUUUUCGCUCCUUAUAAAAUACUGAGAAAGAAAAGUAUAAUGUGUUAAAACAUCAAGUCUAUAUGGAGGAGAAAAACCUUUACUGUACAAAAAAAAGACAUUUAGCCGAUGUCGUGAAACCUCAUGAAAAUAUGCCAAUAGUGACGCUGAACUUGAAAUGGGUUUUUUGAGUGUGACCUCUCAAGGUAGCUAACUAGCAAACUGUCUGGCCUGGACCCCAGCUGCUCCAAACACAGACUAGCUUCCUCUUCAUUCUGCCGGGCUGCACCUGGACUCUCCUGUUGUAGACCAAACGAUCUGUCGGUUGAUCCACCAGCUGCCCACUGUCUCCUCUACUCCCCCACAGACACACACACACACGCACACACACACACACACACACACACACACGCACACACACACACACGCAGACACACACACACUCCCCCCCACCCCACUGGAGACCUCACACCUUCCAUCACUGUACGCUAGCGCCAUUGCCCUCUGCUGGGAAACUCUUUAACACUGUGGUUUUCACCCACUUUGGGCUAGACAGGAAACACUGUGCUCUUUCAGGCUUGGCAUGAAGAAGCUCACGAGCAGUGUUAUGCACUUAAUGUGCUCUCCUCCCCCAGAGUCUCCUGGGAAAGGAAUGUGUCUGGACACGGGGGCUGGUUGAGCCGGUGUAGCUUUUCUAAGAAAGAAGAAAGGCAGAGUCUCGCAUGUGCUGUAGCUGUGCUGUGUUACCAUAAUACAUACGACAUCCUUACAUGCUCGCGCACACUCGAGUGUGUCAGUGCAGUGCAGGGCUUUGGGCAGAACAAUGGCCCCAGCGUUCCCAGCAGAUGAUCAAAGCACCAGUCUGUCCCUGUUUUCUGGGCUUCUUCUUUUUGUAUCGUUCGACUUCAUUGUUAGCAAACGGUUUUAUCCCCACCCUGUUUGUCAGAGUGUCGUCAAAGGAUGUGGGUCGCAGGUGAAAGCAGUUAGUCCAGGGUGGUUUGGGCCCUGCUUCACGUUAUUCUGCCUGGCUGAACAAACAGCACCGGGCAGGGGAGAGGAAGAGAGGGGAGGAUUGAGGGGAGCGCUCAGGGGACUGGUGCACUCUCCCCUGCGGCAGGCUGGGUGGCCCGGACGCCAGGGGUACAGAGGGAGCGUUUUUUUGUUUUGUGCCGUCAGAAUGGGGGCAGCUGUUGUUGUCUGGGGGCCUCUGCCCGCCCUCGGGGUGAGACUGUACAGGAUCCCCCAGCUCUCAACACAAGCUCCCUCCUCUCCCACAGAACCGCCGUCACUCACUCACUCUCACAUACCCGUCCAUCCAUCUCAAGUGCCAGAUCAGCUGGGGGUGUGCAGUGUUUUGUAGAUGCCCAGGAGAGCGAGCAGACGUCCAGCCAGAGGAAGAUAGGACUUUUAUUGUGUCAGUUGCCAGGCAAAACGCUUUUUAUUGCCACUAAGGAGAUCCCUGUAAGCGAGUGUAUGUGUGUAAAUAAUUGUUUAAAAAGAGUAGGGGAUCGGCCUCGGCUAAACUCUGAGCUUUUUUUAUGCAUCUGCUCUAAAUGCAAAUUGAUAGACAUUCCACUGUGCUCCAUCCUGUUCAAUGCAGAUUUUCUUACACAGCUUCCCUUUACAAUAACAGACCUUAAAGACCGGGCAGGGUACAGUUGUGGUUUGUUGAUAGUCAUAAAAGCAGGUGCAGGUGCAAGCCAGUUAAAUCAAACCCAUGCCGCAAAUGUACACUCUACCGUUGUUCCAUUUAAACCUUUAUUGAAAUUAUGAAAGAAAAUAUUUAACGUAUUAACUAAAGAUUUAUAUUCACUUUGUAAAUACAGUAGUCAUUAAUAUAUUAACUGUUCUUAUAUGAAUAAUCUUCAAAAGGUUAUAUAAAUUGGACCAGAACUAAGGCUUCAGAUGGCCUAAAUGUUUUUUUGCUUUCUUUUUUAAAAACGUUAUCUUUGCAGAUAUCAGAACUUGACUUUUGUCGAGUGGAUGUGGGGGAGUGAAAUGCAUGGUUUACUGAGACAUGAUGCAGGACAAAGGCAAAAUAGGAAAAUAAUACUUUGUUACACACUUUCCCCCUUUCUGAACUGAUGCAUUCGUUUUUUGUUUUUUUUGUGGAUUUCAUCCUGACGAACUGUUUAACUUGUAAUGUAAUGAGCUUUCCUCUUUGUUAACCCCCCUCCCCCUGAGCUAAAUUGAAAACAUUUGUUUAAGAAAAUGCAUUUUGGGAACAAAAAGAAAAAAAGGAAAAAAAAAAGAUUUUUUUGCAUGUUUGCUGCCCCUUAUGUUUAGUGUCACCGGGCCACUCUACCAAUCAGUUUAUUGUGAAGAAAAAAAAAGUUUCCCCCCAUGUAACACAAACUAUUGAGAUGCAUGAACAUUGAACAUGUGCAAGUUUUAUGUCAUUAUUGGUUCAGAGGAUAAAUAUAAAGUCAGAGUCAGAUUAUAAACAUAAAAUGUAGCCCAAUUUGAUUUGGAAAUAAUGUGAAUUUGUGUGUGUGAGAGAGAGAGAGAGAGAGAGAGUGUGUGUGUGUUGACCUCCCACGUCUGACUGAAGCACAGCAGCUUUGAAAAGGGAAAGAGAAAAACUUGCUCAUGUAGCUCUGGAUGUGUAGUUGUAUGUUUUCUGAUUUGAGAUCAUAUAUAUCCUCGUCUGGAUGUGUUAACAUCACUCAAAAGAUGAUCAGUAUUAGUUUUUAUUGACUUAAUUACCUCUUCAGCAGAACAAAAAAGAAUCAUUUUAAUUCAUCACAUUAGCAGAUAGACCUAAUGAAAAUCUGUAAUUUUACUUUGUGUAAUUUGCAUUUUAUACACAAGGGGGCGAUGUUUAGCUUCUUUAAUUGUGCAUUCACCUUAAUGAAAAAAGGACUAAACGAUAGGGGAGAGAAAAUCCCUUGUAACAUGGCGUGCUGGGCCUUUUUGCAUUUUGCAGUGUUAUGAGAACUUGGAUAUGCUUUGUACAGAAUUUUUACAGGUGUGCAGUUUGCCCAACCAAGUAAAACAAGGCGAAAGGAGCUGGGCUUUACCACAGGAACACAUUUGAAUACAGGAUUUACUGACCCAUACUUGAAGAAAACCAGUAAACAAAUCCAAGGUGACUUUUGAACUGUUGCAGGUGGUCUGCUUUGUAGUUGGGUGUAUAAUUUUUCAGCCAGUAAUUAUUCUAUGCCGGUGUGGGAGAAGUCGGAAGUUGGGCUGCAUCGCACAGAUCGCUGGUUACUAAGAAUAUAAUGUUUUAAUUUCUACACAUCCUGUCAUAGAUGAAAAGAAAAUAUUUGUGGCUUUGCUAAAAAGAACCCUCCUUCCCCCUCGAUGCUGUUCUGGAAAAUGAAACGCAGUGUCUGUGUAUGACCAUUGCAUACUACGUUGCCAAUACUACAGUGUGAUGAGACUUUUGUUCUUGCAUGAAUCGAGACACUGUUCUCCUACCUCAUGUUGUGAUAUAAAAAGAUGUUUUUUAAGCAGAAGACACUGCAUCUCUAACUGUUUAUCAUCAUUGAUAUUUACUAGUAAAUGACAUACCUGUAAAUGCUUUUAGCUAAUACCUCAGUUGUAUCUAGUGUUUGUUUUUUUUCUGUUUUUGCCCUUCCCUGAUUUCAGAUCUUGUAAAUAUGCCCUGUAUAGACAAUGAACUUGGAUCAAAUUCAAGUAAAGUUCUGUAGUGUCAAACCA